AUGACGCGUGUGAAACGAGUGGAGCUUAGACUCAGCAUCUUGUUAAGUACCCUAGCAUUUCCUUUCACUCACACAAACAACACACUUAUGGCGUCUCGGAGAGUCUUAUCAUCGCUUCUCCGUUCAUCUUCGGGCAGAUCUGCUGCCAAAUUCGGAAGCCGAAACACUAGGCUUUCAUCUCCUUCCCCCGCUCGCUGCGCUGCUCCUUUUGGGGAUCUCCUCGGUCGAGUCGCCGAAUAUUCGACCUCUUCACCGGCAAGCUCAGCUGCGCCAUCGUCUUCUCCUGCUCAGGAUGAGGCGAAGAAGACUUAUGAUUACGGCGGUAAAGGUGCGAUCGGGAAGGUUUGCCAGGUCAUUGGUGCCAUUGUCGAUGUGAGAUUCGAGGAUCAGGAGGGAUUACCUCCGAUCAUGACAUCUCUCGAGGUCCAGGAUCACCCAACGAGGCUGGUGCUUGAGGUGUCUCAUCACUUGGGUCAGAAUGUCGUCAGGACCAUUGCUAUGGAUGGUACCGAAGGUCUCGUUCGUGGGCGACGCGUUCUCAACACCGGCGCUCCAAUCACUAUCCUUCUAUCUGAGUGGUUGAUCCGGAAUCAGAGAGUCAUUAGGUCUCACGUUGCCAUUACUAGGUCUAGAUCUGUGAAUUCGUUGAUAGUCUUUGGCCCUCAUCUCGUCCCUGUUGGAAGAGCUACCCUUGGACGUAUCAUGAAUGUUCUUGGAGAACCCAUCGACGAGAGAGGCCCAAUUACCACCGACCAUUACCUACCGAUUCACAGAGACGCUCCGGCUUUAGUUGAUCUUGCCACCGGUCAGGAGAUCCUGGCUACUGGUAUUAAGGUUGUUGAUCUGCUUGCUCCUUACCAAAGAGGAGGAAAGAUUGGGCUUUUUGGCGGUGCUGGUGUCGGGAAAACUGUGCUUAUUAUGGAGCUUAUCAACAAUGUCGCCAAAGCUCAUGGUGGUUUCUCUGUGUUUGCUGGAGUGGGAGAACGAACCCGUGAAGGCAAUGACUUGUACAGAGAAAUGAUUGAGAGUGGUGUCAUCAAGCUAGGCGAGAAGCAGUCUGAGAGCAAAUGUGCUCUUGUGUAUGGACAAAUGAACGAGCCCCCGGGUGCCCGUGCUCGUGUUGGACUUACUGGUUUGACCGUUGCUGAGUAUUUCCGUGAUGCCGAAGGCCAAGAUGUGUUGCUUUUCAUCGACAACAUUUUCCGUUUCACCCAGGCCAACUCUGAAGUGUCUGCUUUGCUUGGACGUAUCCCCUCUGCUGUGGGUUACCAGCCAACUCUGGCCUCUGAUCUUGGUGCUCUUCAAGAGCGAAUCACAACCACCAAGAAAGGUUCCAUCACCUCAGUCCAGGCCAUCUAUGUCCCUGCUGAUGAUUUGACAGAUCCUGCUCCAGCCACAACUUUCGCUCACUUGGAUGCCACAACCGUGCUUUCAAGACAGAUCUCCGAGCUUGGUAUCUAUCCUGCUGUGGACCCUCUGGAUUCAACAUCCCGUAUGCUCUCGCCUCACAUUCUGGGUGAGGAGCACUACAACACGGCUCGUGGUGUGCAGAAAGUGCUACAGAACUACAAGAAUUUGCAAGAUAUUAUCGCCAUUUUGGGAAUGGAUGAGCUAAGUGAAGAUGACAAGCUGACUGUUGCCCGUGCUCGUAAGAUCCAGAGAUUCUUGAGUCAGCCAUUCCAUGUCGCUGAGAUCUUCACGGGUGCCCCUGGAAAAUACGUAGACCUUAAAGAAAACAUCAACAGUUUCCAGGGCUUGCUCGAUGGUAAGUACGAUGAUCUUCCUGAACAAUCGUUUUACAUGGUUGGUGGUAUCGACGAGGUGGUUGCAAAGGCAGAGAAGAUCUCAAAGGAAUCAGCAGCUUAAGUGCUUGAUUCAUCUCUUUCGGAUGCUUAAUACUUCGCGUCUUCUUUUGUUGACAAUAACGAAAAAAAAACACAAAAGCAAUGCUUUAGGUGCUGCUGCUAAUGCAUUGUUAUUCCCAUCAUUGUGAGCGAGAAAUAGUACGGAGAAAACAGAUUCAUUUUGAGUUUUUGACUUGGAAUAAAGGAGACAGGUGUUCAUGUUUUCAAUCUCUCCACAAUUGUAAUGAAAUUUUCGUGUUCCAAGAAAAGUUAUUUUACAGGUCUCAAAGUUAUAGGCUGUUUUAUUCUUACCGAUGCAGUACUAUAAGUUUCUUUCUAUAGAGUUGAUUUCGAUGUGCAAUCUCCUCACUCAAGAAUUAAACAGAACAAAUGCGUAUAAAGUAUGUGUUGAUGUCUUGAUUCUCUGCACAUUUUGUAUUGAAGUUUUCGUAUUGUAAGUCUUUUUUUAUCGGC